AUGGCCAACAGCCCCAAUACCACUAGCCCUGAGGCCGUCAGACGUGCCCUGGAGUCUGCCAGAAACACCGUUGACGGCCAGGUUGACCCAAGAGCAAAUGCGGUCCUUGAAGCUGCGAUCAACGAGGUCUGGAGAAGAAUACAAAGCCAGCCGGACUCCUAUAUCCUCAACCGAGAUGAGUUCGCUUUGUUCAACUACUUCCGUGACCGUUUCAGAAACUCUCCUGUCGCCCAGCAAGCUGUUGAGCGUUUCUGGAACAACUUCAGGGGCAACCCAUCUGACAUCGACGGCUAUGUACACCGCCGUGCAUGA